CGUGACUGAUCGUUCCUUGAUCGUUCGUUCUCCAUGUCAUCACGCGAAAUCAGCGAACCGGUGGCUGUUGAGGGUGUACGGUGAUUACUGCUCUCCACUCAUCGAUCGCCACUCGCGGAACGUGUCAUCGGCAGCCUGUCGCGCGCAGACGACGCGCCGUGCGAUCCGCGGGGAACCAUGGGGAUUAGUGAUUGACCUGGAUGAGACACCGAUGAAACGGAAGGAACAAAACGGAAAAGGUAAAAGCGACAGAACAUCCUUGCCCUUCGAGAACAGUGUCACUUGCGGUCGCGAUCGCGAUUGAGUGUCAAACGUGUCCUGUGUCUUCGGUGCUUCGGCGUCGUUGUUUAAUCAGCGAAACGCGACAAGUGAGACAACCGUCACCGCGAUAUACCUCCGUACGAAGGACUGAUCGGCGUAUCGCCGGACUUCCUCCUCGGUACGGCGGGUGGUCCUCGGGAAUCCUCUCACGCGCGAGGACUCCGCGGUUCCGAGGCGGCCACACGCCUCAAUUCAGCGCGUAGCUAAGCACCGGCUAAGAUUUUUCGCUCACUACCGAACUAUGCGUGGUGCGAGAUGGUGUGUUCUCUGACCAGCGGCAAGGCCUGCGCCGACAGCGGAGACCCGUGCCCGGACCCGCCAUCGCGCUCCACGCCGGAGGGCGGCGGACUCGAGAUCACUGAGAACAUGUCAUCGUCGCUCAGCGACGCGCACCGACGCAACAAUAACCAUCACCUGGACCAGGGCGACCGCAGCUCGUCCGCAGGUUCCUCGCUGGGCUCGUGCUCGCCGCCGCCCGCCUCGAGCCAUUCGCCACCACCCCCACGGCCGCCCUGGCUCCACGACUUCCACGCGGCGGCCGCGCCCCAUGUUUUGCAGUUUCUCAAUCUGAGCGCCGCCGGGGGUGGCAUGCUCGGUAGCCAGCCAUUGGCAGCGCUGCAUUCUAUGGCAGAGAGGAGUCAUCAGCAUCAACAGCAGCAACAGCAGCAACAGCAUCAACAACAACAGCAGCAGCAGCAGCAACAGCAGCAGCAGUCGCACCAGCAGCAGCAUCAUCCGUCACACCAGCAGCAACAAGGGGGCAUCCAGUUGCCGCGUAUCACGGUGCCAUUAUCCACCAUCACGCAGGGCCAAUCGUCGCCUACUGGCAGCGGCAAGCACAGCCCGGCAACCUCCAUCACCUCCGUCGGUAGCAAUCCGCACGGCAUCGACACGAUACUCUCGAGACCGACGGCGACGGUCCAUCCCCAGGCAUCGGUACCGCCAUCACAUGCGACCCUACCACCGACUCCACAUCCCCAGCACAUGGCUGCGCCGCGGUACGCCAUGCACGCCGGUUUCACUGCGUCUUCGGGUAUCGGUCAAUUUCAACAAAGAGCGGAACCACGGCACACUGCAGUCUAUUGGCCGGGCCUUCAGGGACUAGUCAGCGAUCCUCUCGCAUGGCGGGCAAGAUUACAUACAUUGACGCAACAGCUGGGCUGUCAGCAAGCUAUGACGGGCACGGGCGGUGGUGCCGGGGAACACGAGGGUGGCAAGAAGAAGCACACAAGGCCCACGUUUAGUGGACAGCAGAUCUUCGCUCUGGAGAAGACCUUCGAGCAGACCAAGUACCUAGCCGGACCGGAGCGCGCCAAAUUAGCGUACGCGCUCGGGAUGUCAGAAUCCCAAGUCAAGGUAUGGUUCCAAAAUCGGCGGACGAAGUGGCGGAAGAAGCACGCGGCGGAGAUGGCGACGGCGAAGCGGCGGCAGGAGGAAGUCGAGGGCGUCGUCGCCGAGGGUGAGGACGGUUGCAGUGAUGCUGAAGCCGACGGUAGUGGCGGUGGCGGUGGUGGCGGCGGUGGUGGCGGUGGUGGCGGUGGUGGCGGUGGCGAGACCGCCGCGAAGAGGCUGCGAAGGGGGCUCGAGCAGCAGUAUAGGCAUUGA